AUGGCGGCCGCGCUGGGGACGCUGGUGGUCAUGUCGGCGGCGGUAGCAGCGCUGGCGACGGAGUGGCGCGUGGCGGCGACGGCGGCAGCAGAGGCGGCGAACGAGGUGCUCCGCGCGCACCAGCUGCCGACGGGGAUCACGGCGUUCCAUCACGACACGGCCACGGGGCGGUUCGAGGCCCAGCUGGAGGUGCCCUGCACCGCGCGCUUCGAGGUCGGCCUGCGCUACAACACCACCGUCACCGGGGUCAUCAGCCCCGGUCAGAUCGCCGCCAUCUCGGGCGUCGCCGCGCAGGAUCUCCUCAUGUGGUUCCCCGUCCACGACAUCAAGGUCGACAUCCCUUCCUCCGGCUUCAUCUACUUCAACGUCGGCGUCGUCAAGAAGCACCUCCCGCUCGCCGUCUUCGACGCGCCGCCGGCCUGCACGCCCGACCCGCUCCUCCGCACCGUCCCGCAGCGGCUGGAGGACGUGGGCGAGGACGGAUUGGCCAUGGGCGCCACGGCGUCCGAUCGAUGA